AACUUUACUUGUUUUCUUUGUGUUGCAGGUCCAGUUGUUUACGUCUUGGAUCUUGCAGACAGACUGAUCUCAAAAGCUUGUCCAUUUGCUGCAGCAGGAAUAAUGGUUGGCUCUAUCUAUUGGACAGCUGUGACUUAUGGAGCAGUGACAGUGAUGCAGGUUGUAGGCCAUAAAGAAGGUCUGGAUGUUAUGGAGAGAGCUGAUCCUUUAUUCCUUUUAAUUGGACUUCCUACUAUUCCUGUCAUGCUGAUAUUAGGCAAGAUGAUUCGCUGGGAAGACUAUGUGCUUAGACUAUGGCGCAAAUACUCAAAUAAACUACAAAUUUUGAACAGUAUAUUUCCAGGGAUUGGUUGUCCUGUUCCUCGAAUUCCAGCUGAGGCUAAUCCUUUAGCAGAUCAUGUCUCUGCCACCCGAAUUUUGUGUGGAGCCCUUGUCUUUCCUACUAUUGCAACAAUAGUUGGUAAACUGAUGUUCAGUAGUGUUAACUCUAAUUUACAAAGGACAAUCUUGGGUGGAAUUGCUUUUGUUGCCAUAAAAGGAGCUUUCAAGGUUUACUUCAAACAACAGCAAUAUUUACGUCAGGCACACCGAAAAAUUCUUAAUUAUCCAGAGCAAGAAGAAGCAUAAAACUGUGACUCUGGUUGCUCUGCAGUCCUCUCAUCCUUAUGAGUCUGUUGUGUUGGUUUUGAUCCCAUCAUUAAUGCACAGUAGUGGAGACUUGUGAUAAGUUGCUGCCCUCAUAUUUUUAAGAAAUAUAAUAAAGCACUUAGGGCAAGGGAAAUCCUCUCAGUAAUCAUGGAACCUAAGGAUGUGGUUUGGUCUUAUUGUUUUAUGCACUUCUUUAUGGCAGUCAUCUGAAAGAUCACCUUAGCUUGGUAAACCUGGGUUUUAUUGUUUUCUCCAGAAAAAAAUGUAAAGAUCAAACUGCAAAUGUUUAAAACUGUACAUGCUGUUUUAUUCAAAUGCCUCUUUUGUACAUGUUCAUGUUAAGUGUUUUCUUAGAAUCAGCAACUCAAUGAAGGUACUCUUAAGGAUUUUUCUCACUGGCAUAAUUUGAUUACAUGCUAUACAGGAGUAUAUGUUAAUAUGAGGAAAUGUAAAUUAAAUUAGCUAUAAAUAACAAACCAAAAAUGUAUGUAAACAUUCAAAUAAUUAUCUGAACAAAUGCAAUUUUGUUUGUAUUUUUCUUAACCCAUGUGAUGUCCUCCAAAAUGUGUAGGGUAAAAAUUCAUGGGGCUUCCAGAUCACCUUUUCACUAUUAAAUUUUAUUUAUAUAAUAUUGACAUCUCAUAGUUCAAUAAUGUAAUUUUGACUCAAGCAGUCUUAAUUACUGUGUGUGUGUGUGUGAGAGAGAGAGAGAGAGUCAGUCACCCGGUCCAUCACUGGAAUAAGGUUUUUAAAUCCAUAUUUCUAGAAAUCAAAGCUACCAGUUUAUAGUAGUUUGAGCAUAGAGAGUGAUUUGCAAAAAAUCUAUAAUUUGAUUUUACUCUCUCUUUCCCUGAUUCACUUAUUUCAGGUAUUUGUUGAUCACCUCUUAUUUGCCCAGGCACUUAUGCAGAGUGCUGUGGGACACAGGGGUGAACAGGACAGACUUGGUUCCUGCCUUUAUGUAGUUUACAGUCUAGUUUCAACAGAUAGAAAACCAGCAGUGAGUAAACCAAGGUGAGGCCUUGAGCUCUUUGUUUUUAUACCAGUCAGUGAGGAGAUAAUUAUGAAAACAAGUCUUGAGUAAAUAUUGAAGUCAUUGUUUUUGGCUUAAAUCAACUUAUUUAAAAACUGAUGUUAUUAGACUUUAUUUGCUUGUCAUAUCGAUGAGGCUAGCACCUUAAUCAUCACUGUUUAACUAGUUUUAUGUUCAUAUCUCAAAAGCAGUUAUUUAUUUUAAGCCAUUUUCAGUAGUGGCCCUUUUAAUGUUCAACAAUCAGAAUGAUCUUGCAGUUAUUUUCAUUAAUUAAAAUCAAGUUUCCAAAACACUCUUAUGUUCAUGGUAUCUAAUGCAUGACAAUAAUAUGUUUCCCCUUACUGAUAAAAGGCCACUUCUCUUUAGGAGUGUAGCAAAUAUAGAUUGAGCUAUGUUAGAUUACAAUAAUAUGUUAAUUUUAGUAAUUUAAGACUGAUACCUUUCUAUAGUAUGAAUGUCUUAAUUUUGAAUUAGAAGUUUAUGUGAAUGGCUGUUGAACAUUCAAAGUUGUAAUUAUAUGGGGAGAAGGGAAUAUUAGACUGACAGUGAGCUUUAUUAAGAACACUGCUAUAAUUCUGAAGGGGAAAUGUAAAACCUAUGAUUAUUAUAUAAAAAUAAACUUAGACUAUAUAGCUAUAAUUAUAAAAUAUAUUGGCUUUUCUUUAAUUUUCAAUAUGAAAAGACAUAUUGGAGAUAUCCUGCAUAAUGUUAUAUAGAACAGGUUUUAAGCAGCCUUUACUAAAAUUAUACCAACACAUGGUUCCCCACUUACUAUUUUAAAGCCCAAGAUGGGAGGUCAGGUUUAUUGGCACCAGGGCUCAUGAGGGCCAGGGAAACAGCCCUAAUCCUUUGGGGGCAUCAGGGAAGGGUUUCUAGGGCUAUGGGGAGGGAAUUACAAGUGCCUGGGGACCACAGUGGCCUCUAAAGAGCUGUAGCUCAAGAAGUAUCGUGUACCAGUCUUCAGAAAGGUGACCUGCACCACCAUGAAACAAGAGUAGUCUGAUUAAAGUUGAAUGGACCUGGGUUCAGAUCCUGUAAUUCCGCUUUUAAUAACUAUGUAUGACCUUUGCCAAGUGACUUUCUCUCAGCUACAGCUCUCUUCAUCUCUGUAAUUCAAGUUAUACUUAUCCCAGAAGACUAUUUCUAGGAUUAACUAAGAAUGAAAGGAACAGACACACUAGGCUUGAAAUGGCCCCUACAGAGUAGUUGUUUCUUAAUUGCUGGGUAGUCUGUUCACACGCAUUCUUGGAAGAGGUAAUGAAGAGGUAAAAGAAAGAUACUAGGAGACAGAUUAGAGGGAUACUGUAGAUUUGGGGGAUGGAUGGGUAUUUCUGAUGUUUUCCAGUUUAUUUUUGUGUUGCUUUACUGUGUUUUUAUAAAUAUAGUGUUUCAAACCUCUUAUAAAAGUCACAACUAGUAAAAUUCUCUUCUUUGCAGAACUUUUAUCUCCAAAGUGGCUGAAAAUAUUGUUCAUCAUUACAUUAUCAAAUGACUGUGAAGAAUAUAAAAUUAAACUUAGUGACCUAAUUAUUCACUGCCUUGCUAACCUGCUGUAAUUUUUGAAAACAUCUUGUUUUUAAUAUAGAAGACUAUCUCAGUACUGGCUGGAUUAGGUUAAAUAAAGAAUUUUUAUGUUCCCUAGG